GCGCUCUUGACGUGGGCGCUUCCUGUCGGCCAUCUUUAGCCCUGGCAAAGCGGGUUUUGCGCAGUGGCUGAGGCCGCCCCGAAAGGAUUCGUGCCGGGCAGGAGCCCUCUCAGCGCUCGCCACCCGCCGCCUUGUCCCUCUUCGCCUCGCCGCGCCUCGCCUCUUUCCUUCUCGCCGCCGCCGGCAUACCUGAGGAGCUGGAAAAAUGACUGACUCCAAGUACUUCACAACGAAUAAAAAAGGAGAGAUCUUUGAACUGAAGGCAGAGCUCAACAAUGAAAAGAAGGAGAAAAGGAAAGAAGCGGUCAAGAAAGUGAUUGCUGCCAUGACAGUGGGGAAGGAUGUCAGCUCUCUCUUUCCAGAUGUGGUGAAUUGUAUGCAGACGGAUAACCUGGAGCUAAAGAAGCUUGUAUAUCUGUAUCUGAUGAACUACGCCAAGAGCCAGCCAGAUAUGGCCAUCAUGGCUGUCAACAGCUUUGUGAAGGACUGUGAAGACCCUAACCCAUUAAUCCGUGCCUUGGCAGUCAGGACCAUGGGAUGUAUUCGGGUAGACAAGAUCACGGAGUAUCUGUGUGAGCCACUUCGCAAGUGUCUGAAGGAUGAAGAUCCUUAUGUCCGAAAGACUGCAGCGGUCUGUGUGGCCAAGCUGCAUGACAUCAAUGCCCAGAUGGUGGAGGAUCAAGGCUUCUUGGAUUCUCUUCGGGAUCUCAUUGCAGACUCAAAUCCCAUGGUGGUUGCUAAUGCUGUGGCAGCCUUGUCAGAAAUCAGUGAGUCUCACCCAAAUAGCAACCUACUUGAUCUGAACCCUCAGAACAUUAAUAAGCUGUUAACAGCCCUGAAUGAGUGCACCGAAUGGGGCCAGAUCUUCAUCUUGGACUGCCUGUCCAAUUACAACCCCAAGGAUGAUCGAGAGGCUCAGAGUAUCUGUGAGCGGGUGACUCCCAGGCUCUCACAUGCCAACUCAGCAGUGGUCCUGUCAGCCGUGAAAGUCCUGAUGAAGUUCUUGGAGCUGCUGCCCAAGGAUUCUGACUACUACAACAUGCUGCUGAGAAAGCUGGCUCCUCCCCUGGUCACUCUGCUCUCUGGGGAGCCCGAGGUGCAGUACGUUGCCCUGAGGAACAUCAACCUUAUUGUACAGAAAAGGCCUGAAAUCUUAAAGCAAGAGAUCAAAGUCUUCUUUGUUAAGUACAACGACCCCAUCUAUGUCAAGUUGGAAAAGCUCGACAUCAUGAUCCGCUUGGCAUCCCAAGCCAACAUUGCCCAGGUCCUGGCAGAACUAAAGGAAUAUGCCACUGAAGUGGAUGUUGAUUUUGUCCGUAAGGCUGUGCGAGCCAUUGGCCGAUGUGCCAUCAAGGUCGAGCAAUCUGCCGAGCGCUGUGUGAGCACGUUGCUGGACCUUAUCCAGACCAAAGUCAACUACGUGGUUCAGGAGGCAAUUGUUGUCAUCAGAGACAUCUUCCGCAAAUAUCCCAACAAGUAUGAAAGUAUCAUCGCUACCCUGUGUGAGAACCUUGAUUCCCUUGACGAGCCAGAUGCUCGAGCUGCCAUGAUCUGGAUCGUAGGAGAAUAUGCUGAGAGAAUCGAUAAUGCAGACGAGCUCCUGGAGAGUUUCCUGGAGGGCUUCCAUGAUGAGAGUACUCAGGUGCAGCUGACCCUGCUCACAGCGAUAGUGAAGCUGUUUCUCAAGAAACCCUCAGAAACGCAGGAGCUGGUCCAGCAAGUCUUGAGCUUGGCCACUCAGGAUUCUGAUAACCCUGACCUUCGAGACCGGGGCUAUAUCUACUGGCGCCUUCUUUCCACGGAUCCUGUGACAGCCAAGGAAGUAGUUUUAUCCGAAAAACCCCUGAUCUCUGAGGAGACAGACCUGAUUGAGCCUACCCUCUUGGACGAGCUCAUCUGUCACAUCGGUUCUUUGGCCUCUGUAUAUCAUAAGCCUCCCAAUGCUUUUGUUGAGGGGAGCCAUGGAAUCCACCGAAAACAUUUGCCCAUUCAUCAUGGGAGCACUGAUGCUGGAGACAGUCCUGUUGGCACCACCACCACAACCAAUCUGGAACAGCCUCAAGUCAUCCCCUCUCAGGGUGACCUGCUGGGUGACCUUCUGAACCUCGACUUGGGUCCUCCUGUCAAUGUGCCGCAGGUUUCCUCUAUGCAGAUGGGGGCCGUGGACCUCUUAGGAGGAGGGUUGGACAGUUUGCUUGGCAGUGACCUUGGCGGGGGCAUUGGAGGAAGUCCGGCAGUGGGACAGUCCUUCAUUCCAUCUUCUGUGCCUGCAACUUUUGCUCCUUCACCUACUCCUGCUGUGGUUAGCAGUGGACUCAAUGACCUCUUCGAACUCUCCACUGGGAUAGGCCUGGCGCCUGGAGGAUUUGUGGCUCCCAAAGCUGUUUGGCUCCCUGCAGUGAAAGCAAAAGGCCUGGAGAUUUCAGGAACAUUCACUCACCGGCAGGGCCACAUCUACAUGGACAUGAACUUCACCAACAAAGCGUUGCAGCACAUGACAGAUUUUGCUAUUCAAUUUAACAAGAACAGCUUUGGCGUCAUCCCUAGCACUCCUUUGGCCAUUCAUACUCCGCUGAUGCCAAACCAGAGCAUCGAUGUGUCCCUUCCCCUCAAUACCUUGGGUCCAGUUAUGAAGAUGGAACCUCUCAAUAACCUACAGGUGGCUGUCAAAAAUAACAUUGAUGUCUUCUACUUCAGCUGCCUCAUCCCACUCAAUGUGCUCUUUGUAGAGGAUGGAAAAAUGGAACGCCAAGUCUUCCUUGCAACGUGGAAGGACAUUCCCAACGAAAACGAGCUGCAGUUCCAGAUUAAGGAAUGCCACUUGAAUGCUGACACUGUUUCCAGCAAACUGCAAAACAACAAUGUUUAUACUAUUGCCAAGAGAAAUGUGGAAGGGCAGGACAUGCUGUACCAGUCCCUGAAACUCACUAAUGGCAUUUGGAUAUUGGCAGAGCUCCGUAUCCAGCCAGGAAAUCCCAACUACACGCUGUCUCUGAAGUGUCGAGCUCCUGAAGUCUCCCAGUACAUCUACCAGGUCUACGAUGGGAUUUUGAAAAACUAAAAGACUAAAAAUGGAGGCGCCUUACUGCCCCUGCCAUCUGUGCAAACCAAGAACUCUUUAACUGGAAGCAAUUGUGUUGAUGUGUAGACCCACCAAGGUAGUGACUAGUGUACUAAUGUGUGCUAAUGUUAGGACACAACCCUCUGGAUAGUUUUACCUGCCCACAAAAGUCUGUAAGCCCUGCUAUGACCACUCCCUGCCUCCGUCACCUGUGAGCUUCUCCAUCCUGUGCCAAUGGCUACCGUUUUCUAAACCGACUUUAGGGCCUAGUUUGUUAUUUUGUAAUCGAAAACUCAUUUCAAAAAUCAAAAAAAGGGGGAAAAACCUGUUUAUUAAAGCAAGGAAAAGUAUCAUUGAAUCAUGAAUUGCACUUUAUUGUUUUGUAUUUUUUUAUACCUAUUGAAAUUUUUUUUGUUAGUGUAACAAGUUGGAAAGGCAAAAGGCAGCUGCUGCCCCUUGGUAACUGAGCAAAGGUCAAGGAAGGGUAGAACCCAAGUCAGAGUCACCAUUCUCUCUGCACAGCAGGUUUUCAGGAGAAGUGACUUCAUCCCUAGUUAAUUGAAUUUCCAGUGAUUUUUUUUUUCCCUUUCCCUCUCUCCUUCAGGCAUUGUGCUUUCCCUGAUUUUGUUUUCCCCAAAUUGUUCCGUUUUUGGACAAGCCAGUCUCCCUUACUUGGUGAUUGCAGGAUGCUGGAGAUGUGGAGGGGGCCCCUGAUUUCUCUUUGCAGCAGAGAGAGACAGAAAUGCAGCUGUCAGCCAUUGAGUAAAAAUAAUGAGAGGCCCUCUACCCUGCCCCCGCCACAUGGGUGUGGUGAGGCCCAGAGCCAAUUCCCAUACCGGUCCCCUCCCUGAAAUUCUCUAGUCAGAUGCAGGGGGGAACCUGGAUGGUCCUUUUGAUCUUACAGCUGCAGAAACUGAGACUAGACAGGAAAGGGACUUCCCUGUGGUUCCAGGCUGCUUUGUGGUGUAGCUAGGGCUGAAAUUUGGACCUUCUCUCCCCUUUCUUGCAUGCCAUCCCGCUGCCUUUCACCUCUUCCCUUGCCCUUUGUGUCUUGUCCUCUGUGCCUGUCUGUGUUCUCCCUCCUGAUCUUAGCACCCCCUUCUGUCCAGCAGCUUUCCCGGUGCCUGCCAGUCACAUGAAGGAGCAUGCUGUAAAAUACAGAUAGCACCGAGGAAAUAGCCCCCACUCCCACAGGCCCUGGGCCCAGCAGGCUCAGCUCAGUGAUGAUGCAGGUUCGAACUGCCACAGAUCCAUUGCCCUGCUCACCUUCAGCACCUAAUUUCUGUGGACAGUUAGGAUUAGCUUGGAAGGGGCUGUCAGUUUUUAUCACCACACAGUAUCCCAGGAGCUCCCCCAGCCCCUCCUUUGUGGCUGGACAUGAUUUUUUGAAGAAUGUUACCACAUCUGAAACACCAACUUUGUUUUUUUAUUUUCUCCUCUGGGGGCUUGCUCUGGCAUGGCCCUUUUGCAGUUAACCCCUCCAGUGUCAUCCUGGAUCUAUGGCUGCCUCUGGCCACCUCCAACUCUGUCUGGUAUUUCCUGAGCUCCAGGGCCCUAUUGGAGGCUGAGAAAAGGGGUUGCCCUUUCUUAGAUCCUCCUGAGCAGACCUGAGGUACUCUAAGACUGAAGACCACUGGUCCCCCUACUCUCUCUGCCUCACCCUAUCAGCUCUCAAAUUCUGGGGAUUCCCACUAAUCCCAACGGACUGAGUCCAUAGAGAACCCAUUUUCAAGAGGGCGCUAGAGGACAUUUGUUUCCAGAAAAUGGGGGAAGAGACCCACCAGAUGGCCCAGAUUGUUGGUUGUGCAUGAUAAAACAAGCUUGGCUUCAGUGACCAGACAGGAAGUAGGAGGAAGUAGGAGGCCUGCCAUCAUCCUGGUGUGUGCCACAGGCAUUUCCACAGCCAGGAUUCUGCGCUGUGUGAAGUGUGCCUGGCUUAGAUCACUUGUAGGUCUCAGAGUAGCACUCCUGAAACCAGCUUUAAGGCCGUGUGAGAACCCAAGCAAGGAGUCAUGAAAAGGAUACCUCCUGGCAUCUGACACCACUGGUGUCUGCCAAUGUUUGUGAAAGGUGUGCAAAGAGAGGGGAGUGUUAGCCUAGUAUGUCGAAAGAGGAGGACAAGAAAGACUGUGAGGUCUGCUAAAUUGGUAUUAUUGGUAUAGCAUGGAAAGCCAGGGUGGACAGCUUCUCCCUCAGUGAUUCAGCAUCUCAGCUGAAAAAUGUGAGCCCUGGGACGAUGAGGCCAUGUUUAGGGGAAGGGGUUGGACGGUUGGCUUUAUGUGAGGAUGUGUGCCUCUGCCUUAAAAUGGGAAGACCAGAAGUGUGUACAGUCACUGUCAAUCAUGGGGUAGGGACUGUGGAGUGAGCCAGUCUGGGACAUCUUGGUCUUUUGGAAAACUUGGUCACUGUGGCACCUUUUUAAGUCAUCCUUACACAUGGAGCACAAUUUCUCCAACUCUCUUUCAGAGGGAAGCAGAUGUUAACUAGCUCUACAUGCUUUCCUUGUAGUGCUUUUGGACCAUGCCUAACUUAACUGAGUGUGUGUGUAUGUGUGUGUGUGUGUGUGAGAGAGAGAGAGAGAGAGAGAGAUAAAUGCAGGGGAUAAGGGAAAACAAACACCCAGAAUUAUUUUGCUGUCCGGAGGUUCCUUCCAAGUGUCUCCUCUCCUGGGCCUGGAUUUUCUGUGUCUGUUCUGUAAACUUUGAAGCUGUGGGAACAGGCGGGGUGGGGGUGGGAAUGGGGAUGAAUAUGCCACCCUGUGAAUGCUUGUCAUUCUGUUAUCCCUUGUUGGAAUCUCUUGGGGGGUGGGGAGUGGCCUCUUGGCCUGGUGUCCUUGUCAAUAAACUCAUUUACACAAAAUAAAAA